AUGUGCCCAAUGCUUCUCAACUCUUUCCGUGACGGCCCAACUAUGAUCCUAUCUCCUCCCCAGGACCAUGCCUUUCGUCAAUUCCCUCAUCAGCCGAUGCUGGAUGCCUCACCCGGAGUCAAUUCUCGACCUACGUUCUCGAAUGGCUUCAAUACCGGGGUGACAACCAACAACAAGCCAUCCCGCAAGAGAUCGCGCGAUGAUGUUGCCGCCGAGGAUGCCCCCAGUGAUUCCACUCCAAGAAUCCCAAUCGCUCCCCCGGCCCCCGUGGAAGAGCCAAUUUACGGAGAAGGCAUGACUCUGCUCAACCCUCGCACCGGGAUGGCGCUCUCUGCCGAAAGCCAAACAGGGACCUGGUACGAGGAAGAAUAUGAAAGAGCCGUGGCCGCCGCAAAAUCUACCGCAUCGCAAGCCAACUCAUCCUCUCAAGCGAGCCGCAAGUCGCAGCGUCUUGAUCCCUCAGCUCCCAGCCUCGAUGACAUUGCCUCAUCCAGAAUACAACGGCAACUUCAAGAAAACGAUACCGACGACAACCGUCGUAUUCUCAAUGCCUCGCCAGCCCGCUCAACCCCGUUUUCCUCUGGGGAACCGAUGGUUGAUGAUGCUACCCGACUCCUCGGAAUUAGCUGGCAACGCAUCACCGCCGAUGACAAUGAUAUGGCUGCUGCCGUGCGCGGCUGGAAGAAGUACAUAGACCGCCAGUUCUCGCAAUACCUCUCUGAUGCCGAGAUUCUCAUGAAAAACCGCGCACUCAGCGCCUACCUCGUUUCCGCGCGGCCAAUGAUCCCUUUUGCAGGCCCUGCUCAAAUGCCCGCGUUCUUUCUCUUCAAUGACGACCUCACUCAAGGUCAACUCGUCGCUUCAUCCUGGGAGAGCUGUCUCCACAACCUCCAAUCCUCGCCGGUUGUCUUCGAAGGCACACAGAUUCUUAAUGCCUCGGACAAGUCUCCCACUCUGCAGGGUCAGAAUAUCUUGGGAACGAACCCCAUAGAAGCAGGCCUUCCCCAAGCAGGCCUUCCCCUACUUCAGAGCAUGACUGCUCAGCCGGCUACUGUCGGAGUGACUAAUGGCAUGGAACUGGGGACGGGUAUGGACAUUGAUGUCUGA